AUGGAUUUCACGGAGGCUUAUGCCGAUAGAUGCUCCACUAUUGGUCGGGCUGCAAGAGAAGGCGAUGUUUGUCAACUGCAACGUUUACUUAGAGAAGGAAGGCCUACUGAUGUUCGAGACAACCGUGGUUGGGAACCUUUACAUGAAGCAGCCUGGGCCAAUAAUACGGGGUGCCUUCAGGUCUUAUUACAAAAAGGUAAUGUCAACGUGAAUGCAAAAAGUUUUGAAGGUGAAACAGCUUUACUGCUUGCAGCUAAGAAAGGAAACCACCAAUGUAUAGCAGCACUUCUUCAUUAUGGCGCCGAUCCAAACUUGACCACCCCUGAGGGAUACAGUGCUCUUUGGGAAGCUGUCAAUGCUCGCUCGUACCAAUGCGUGAAAUUGCUUAUUGAGAAAAACGCCAACUUGGAAGCUGUCACAUUCACUCAGACAACGGCACUACAUCAGGCCGUUGAGAUGAAUGAAAUACGAAUCCUCGUCUGUUUGUUGAAAUGUGGCGCCAGAUUUGAUGUUGUCGAUGAAAACCACUUAACACCUAUAUUUUUGGCUGCCCAAAAGGGACAUUUUGAAUGCCUGAAAAUAUUACUGGAAAAAUCUACUGAAUCAGAUUUUGGGGCUCUAGGUGAUGUCGCAGCCUUUGAUGGAGCCACUCCCUUGCUAGCAGCAGCACAGGAGGGACAUUAUAAGUGUGUGGAGUUGCUCCUCUCCUACAAAGCCAAUCCCAACAUCUUCACCCUGGAUUCCAUUCCAAUAUGCGCUCUGCAAACUGCCAUUGUGUGUAACAAACUCAGCUGUGUAAGACUUUUAUACAAGGUUACAGAUUUGGAAAGAAUCAAGGAAAAUUGUUCAUCAGAAUGGCAACCUGUUUGCCUGGCACUUGACCUUGCCACCACAGACGUUCUGCGAUAUUUACUAACUGAAGAUCCCACAAGAGACAUGACUGUAUCGUAUGAGAAUUGGCGCCACCAGAAUUUCUGGGAGAAGGCACCACUUCUUUCACAUGCCACAUCGCGAACGAUGAUGUUUGAUACUGUGAAAACACUGCUUGAGUAUGGGUUUGAAGUGAAUGAUUUCCGUAAUGGCUUGAUGCCACCGAUGUUAUCAGUUUUGAAGUCGAAACGUCUUGAUUUUUUCGAACUGUUUUGGGAGUAUGGUGCCUGCCCAAAUGUCUACCACCCUCACAUUUCAGGCAACUGUUGUGUUCUCUUUGCACUUGAUAAUGAUCUCACGAGUCAGGACAUCACGUUACCAAAUUUUGAUGGACCGUUUUUGCAGCAGGUACUUCGGCAUGGCGCCGAUGUCAGGUCAUGUCUACUGAAUGAGAGUCAGCCAUUUGGAGAUGAGCCUUGCCAGAACAUUUCUUCUUUGUUUGAGAAUCAUCAACUUAAUGAGCAAUAUUUUGAUACAAUCCUGAAUGUUCUUUUAUUCAUGGGAGGCUCUUUCCUCUGCUUGAACGAGUCACUAGCAAAAUACGUCAGCAAAAAUGAAUGGACCAAGCUCAAACAGACUAAUGAAAAAAACAGUUCACUGUCACAUCUUUGCCGUCUGCAAAUAAUUCGUAUUUUGCAAAAAAACAAAAAGUAUGACGAUGACAGUAUAGCUUCCCUUGCUCUGCCAUUGGCUGCCCAAGAAAUGCUUCACGUAGCUAUUUUAUUAUAUUCAUAUCUAUCUAUCUAUCUAAGUAUGUUCAUAUCUAUCUAUCUAUCUAUCUAUCUAUCUAUCUAUCUAUCUAUCUAUCUAUCUAUCCCAGACUGUGCACCUUCCCUUCGUAUCUAUCUAUCUAUCUCAUUCUGUUCAUAUCUAUCUAUCUAUCUAUCUAUCUAUCUAUCUAUCUCAUUCUGUUCAUAUCUCUCUAUCUCUCUAUCUAUCUAUCUCAUUCUGUUCAUAUCUAUCUAUCUAUCUAUCUAUCUAUCUAUCUAUUUCAUUCUGUUCAUAUCUAUCUAUCUAUCUAUCUAUCUCAUUCUGUUCAUAUCUCUAUCUAUCUAUCUAUCUAUCUCAUUCUGUUCUAUCUAUCUAUCUAUUCUAUCUCAUUCUGUUCAUAUCUCUAUCUAUCUAUCUAUCUAUCUCAUUCUGUUCAUAUCUAUCUAUCUAUCUAUCUAUCUCAUUCUGUUCAUAUCUCUAUCUAUCUAUCUAUCUAUCUCAUUCUGUUCAUAUCUCUAUCUAUCUAUCUAUCUAUCUCAUUCUGUUCAUAUCUAUCUAUCUAUCUAUCUAUCUAUCUAUCUCAUUCUGUUCAUAUCUCUAUCUAUCUAUCUAUCUCAUUCUGUUCAUAUCUAUCUAUUUCAUUCUGUUCUAUCUAUAUAUCUAUCUAUCUAUCUCAUUCUGUUCAUAUCUAUCUAUUUCAUUCUGUUCUAUCUAUAUAUCUAUCUAUCUAUCUAUCUAUUUCAUUCUGUUCUAUCUAUCUAUCUAUCUAUCUAUUUCAUUCUGUUCAUAUCUAUCUAUCUAUCUAUCUCAUUCUGUUCAUAUCUCUAUCUAUCUAUCUAUCUCAUUCUGUUCAUAUCUCUCUAUCUAUCUAUCUCAUUCUGUUCAUAUCUCUCUAUCUAUCUAUCUAUCUCAUUCUGUUCAUAUCUAUCUAUCUAUCUAUCUAUCUCAUUCUGUUCAUAUCUAUCUAUCUAUCUAUCUAUCUCAUUCUGUUCAUAUCUCUAUCUAUCUAUCUAUCUCAUUCUGUUCAUAUCUCUCUAUCUAUCUAUCUAUCUCAUUCUGUUCAUAUCUAUCUAUCUAUCUAUCUCAUUCUGUUCAUAUCUAUCUAUCUAUCUAUCUCAUUCUGUUCAUAUCUAUCUAUCUAUCUAUCUAUCUAUCUCAUUCUGUUCAUAUCUCUAUCUAUCUAUCUAUCUCAUUCUGUUCAUAUCUCUCUAUCUAUCUCAUUCUGUUCAUAUCUCUCUAUCUAUCUAUCUAUCUAUCUAUCUAUCUCAUUCUGUUCAUAUCUCUCUAUCUAUCUAUCUAUCUCAUUCUGUUCAUAUCUAUCUAUCUAUCUAUCUCAUUCUGUUCAUAUCUAUCUAUCUAUCUAUCUAUCUUCAUAUCUAUCUAUCUAUCUAUCUAUGUUAUCUAUAA